AUGGAUUUAGGCACAUUAGCCUCCACUCUUGUCUAUGCCUUUCUGUUUGGCACAAUCGUUUGCCUGAGGCUAUGGCUGAUGAAGUCAUUGCAGAGCAAGGGAAGGCUGCCUCCAGGCCCACCAAGAUGGCCUAUCUUUGGCAACCUUCUUCAAUUGGGCCCCCUCCCACACAGGGACUUUGCUUCCUUCUGUGAGAAGUAUGGGCCGUUGGUCUAUCUUCGACUUGGGAGUGUUGAUGCUAUCACCACGAAUGACCCCGAGAUCAUCCGUGAAAUACUUCUCCGACAGGAUGAAGUAUUUGCUUCUCGACCUCGAACCUUAGCUGCAGUACACCUAGCUUAUGGAUGUGGUGAUGUAGCAUUGGCUCCAUUAGGGCCACAGUGGAAGAGAAUGAGGAGAAUAUGCAUGGAGCACCUACUGAGCAUCAAGCGGCUCGAGUCAUUUGCGGACCAUCGUGCUCGCGAAGCUCACCAUCUCGUUCAAGACGUAUAUGAUCGGUCUCAAACCGGGAAGCCUGUUAACUUGAGACAAGUCUUGGGAGCCUUUUCCAUGAACAAUGUGACAAGAAUGUUGCUAGGGAAGCAAUAUUUUGGCAUUGAGUCAGCCGGUCCUCAGGAAGCAAUGGAGUUCAUGCAUAUCACUCAUGAACUGUUUUGGCUUCUAGGGUUGAUUUACUUGGGUGAUUACUUGCCCAUAUGGAGGUGGCUUGACCCUUUUGGGUGUGAGAAGAAGAUGAGGGAAGUGGAGAAGAGAGUGGAUGAGUUUCAUAUGAAAAUAAUUGAAGAACAUAGGAAAGGGAGAGAGAGGAAGAAGGAGAAGAAAGGAGAGGAUGAUGACAGGGAGAUGGACUUUGUUGAUAUCUUGUUGUCUUUGCCUGGUGAACAAGGGAAGGAGCACUUGGAAGAUGCAGAGAUUAAAGCUCUAAUUCAGGACAUGAUAGCAGCUGCUACAGAUACAUCUUCAGUAACAAAUGAAUGGGCCAUGGCAGAGGUGAUCAAGCAUCCAGAAGUCCUUGGCAAGGUCCAGGAAGAACUAGACUCUGUUGUCGGCCCAAAUCGCAUGGUUUCUGAGUCUGAUCUGGCCCAUCUCAACUACUUGAGGUGCAUUGUUCGUGAAACCUUCCGAAUGCACCCAGCUGGGCCCUUUCUCAUUCCACAUGAAUCAAUUCGUCCCACAAAGAUCAAUGGCUAUGACAUUCCUGCCAAGACUCGAGUCUUCAUCAACACUCAUGCUCUUGGACGGAACACCCGAAUUUGGAAUGAUAUCGACGAAUUCCGACCGGAAAGGCAUUUGCCGGCAGAUGGAAGCCGAGUCGAGAUAAGUCAUGGAACUGACUUCAAGAUUUUGCCAUUCAGUGCUGGCAAGAGGAAGUGCCCUGGUGCACCACUGGGGCUCACCUUCGUCCUCAUGUCUCUGGCCAGGCUAUUCCAUUGCUUCGACUGGAUUCCGCCGGAGGGAUUGAAACCAGAAGACAUUGAUACAACUGAAGUGUAUGGGAUGACCAUGCCCAAGGCCAAGCCCUUGAUGGCUAUAGCCAGCCCACGCUUGGCAAAAGAAAUGUAUUGCUGA